UUUGGUUUAUGUCAAAUGUAGCUUGUAACCAUAUUGCAAUCCAUUUCUAAGUCUCGUGAUAAUGAGUUUGAAAAACAUAUGGCCUCCCCUUGUGGCCUCCUACUAUGUUAUAGCCUGACCUCUAGUAACAAUAUCCUCAACUGCGAAACGUCCUUGGCUGUCGCGCCAGUUGCCUGCCGUCAUAUUGUUUUUGUUUUGUGUGUGUUGCUUUCUUGAAUGGGGAUUGAAACAAGUUUAUAUUAAGUGAAAAAAGUUCGGGGAAGGUGAAAAGUGGAAUUCAGUUGUAAUUAAUGUUCAGUACUUAAACGUGAUUUUGAACAGAUCAUAACAAGCACGUGUCAACCUAACCUGACAGUAUUUUGUAGCUUUCGACUUGCGACGUUUUUGGAAUUUGUGGUACAAAAAAUUAAAUACAGGGUGUCGGUCGAGAUGGACGCCACGCACGUCGCCAAGCUGCGGGCGGUGGGGCACGACCUCCGGAGCCAGCUGAUCUUCGAGCACAUCGCGACGCUGCUGCUGCAGGAGGAGCUGCUCAGCCGGGAGGAGUACCAGCGCGUCUCCGGCAAGGUGACCGACCCGGAGAGGAUCGACGCGCUGCUGGAGCUGCUGCCGUCCAAGGGCCCCGACAGCUUCGACAAGUUUGUGUACGUGCUGGCGCAGGACUACCGCUGGCUGGCCGACAGGUUGCGGGCGGCCCAGCCGGAGCGGCUGGACAGUGGCACUCGGCCUGCGGUGCCCAACAUCACCAGCUUAAAUAAAGUGGUGACCCCGGAGAUGAUGGCCGCGGUGCGGGAGAACCACCGGGUGGUGAGGAGCUGGACCACGCUGGCCCACGCCCUGGGCAUGUCGUGCAAGGUGCACGGCAUCCGCACCAAGGUGCUGGUGUACGGGGAGGACCUGGAGCUGUGCGUGGUGUACCUGCUGCAGGAGUGGGUGGGCAGCGCUGCCGGCGAGGCCACCCUCAGCAGCCUGCUAGACGCCCUCCGGCGCGAGCACUACAACGACGUGGCAGACGAGUUGGAAGCCAAAUUUGCAUAAAUGCAUCACCUGGGCAGUUGAUGCACUCAUUUGCAAGCAUUUUAAGUCUCUAGAGCUUUGUUCUUCAUGUACAAUCUUACCGUGUAAGAUUGCUAAAAACAAUCGGAACAGAAGCUCACAAGCAGCAGUUUAACUGCUGAAACACUAUUUUUUUACAAGUAUUAUUUUAUGUGAGUAUUUGAUGUUUUAGAGUUUAGUUAGUAAGUGUCUGGGAAUUCUCUUUUUUUAUUGACAAACGUGUCGGUAGGUUCAAGCUUGGCACAAUAAUAGUUUCACUUUGUAGUUACAGUGUUUGACUUAAGCCAAAUGUAAUAAUUAAUAAAUAAUUAAGUUCUGUAGUAUAAGUUUUUACAUAGAUUAAUGUCUUAAAUUUUAUAUUAAACAAUAAAGUGAUCAAAGCACAAAAUUAACAUUUUUCUCAAAAAUGUUUGAGAUUAAUUAGAUAUGAUAUUUUUCCCACUAAGAAACAGAAAUUGUUAUAUUUUCAUCCAAUUGUUCUCUAAAUAAAGUUAUUAUAGCUAGAAUGAACUGUUUUCCCAGACAUUUACAGACUAUUUGAUUAAGGUUUGACAUUUUAUGUUGUUAAACAUUGUCUCUAUUUUUAGUGAUUAGUACUUACACUUUAUGAAUAAAGUAAAAUAGUUUUAAUGUGUUACAAGACAGUUAAGUAUUUUUACAUAGUUACUAGUACAAAACUUGGUUUAACUUCAGACUUACUUUACUUCAUUUGACAAUGACACUUGGUUCAAAAUAACUCUUCCAGUUUACAAUUUUUUCCCAAUUUACCAUCAUUUAUGCUCUUCAUUUCUGUUAUGUUUGAACUUGCCAUGUUAAAUGUUAUGGUGUAAUUUAUUCUAAAACUCAAACAGUUAAAAAUUAACUGUUUGUAUUUUGACCGAUUACAAGUUAUAUGUUUACAAACAAAUUGUUUUUGACAUCAAAUAUGCUUAUGUGAUAUGAAAGUACUGUAAAUGCAGUUAUUACAAUGCUAACACUAUCUUUUUUUUUAAUAUGACAAAAUGAUUUUUGUUUAGUUGAAAUAUCUCUAUUCUGCAUCACACACCUUAAUACAAGAAUUUUAACAGACAUCACUUUAGAUAGUAAGUGAUUUUGAUCUUCAAAUUAAUUAGGUGAUUCUUUACUGGAAAAUAAUGAAAAUAUUUAUAUUUCAGUUUAAGCUCUUGUGGCAUAAGUAUAUUUUUAAGGAGUGGUACAUUCACAUUAAAUUGUAGCUAAGAAAAGAGUAAAGUUUCUAUUAGCAUUACAAAAUUUUUACAGAUAUUAUUUUACUUGUCUGUGCUUUGUUUUAAUGUAAGAGACUGUUUUAAUGUAAGAGACUGUGUUCACGUUCUGGAAAGUCAGGGAAGUCAAAAUUGGUCAGGGAAUUUACUUUAAAACCUAGCAAAGUCAUGAAAAUUCCUCAGUGAUAGUAAUAAUCAACUCUGGUAUGUCCUCACCCAGACUUUGAACACCUUUUUUUUCCAGAUGAUGUUGAGCGCAUAGUCAUACACAUUGCAGCAAAAUGAUGUAUGUAAGGUUCUUUUUGAAGUAGUAUGACUUUUGGGAUGAUGGAGGCGGAAUUGUCUUCAAUUCUUUCCAGAAGAUUGCAAAAUAGGUCAAUUAUAAGUAAUUUUGGUCAUAGAAAAGUCAGGGAAAUUUUUCUGCUGAGUCCUGUUGACAUACUGUAUGUGCUGAACAAGCAGUGACUAUCAUCCCCAUUCAUUGGAACAAUAGAGGUAACCACUGUAUUUUUUCUUCUGAAAUGUGUUGUCAGUGUGUAUUUUUCAGUAUUAGAAAAAAAGCACGUACCUUUUAUUAAUUUUUUAAGGAAAAUAAUGCUUUAGAAGCACACACGCCGCAUCACACUGACCACUUUAACAUCAUCCAUUUCAAACUACGUUUUCCCCAUACAAAAUACCGCUACAUUUCUAACUUUGAAUGUAACCUUUUUAUACUUAUCCGUAAGUAAAUGCAGAGAGUAUCUGUACAAACUUUGUUUUAUUUCUAAUACAUGUACAUUUUGUCUGAAAAAUAUUUUAUGCCAGCUUUAUUUCUGUGCUUCUUGUUAGAAGCUUUCUUUCUACUUAAACUACGUUUUAUUUUGAGGGUCUUAUUUAACAAGUUUGUAUUUGUUAAGUACCUGCAGCAAGGUGUUUUAUGAGCACAUUAUUUAGCCUGACAUUGUCUUUAGUUGGCUAUAUUGACUGCUGCUAGUGAAAUGUUAAUUGUAAGGAUGUGUGUAAAUACUACUGAUUGUACCUUUUCUAGUUUUUGUUUAAGUAUCACAGUGAGAGUUCUCUAUGUAAGCACGGUACAUUAUUAGCUAAUGUAACUGUAUAUUCCAUUAGAAACGUUAACAAGUAGUAACAGUAAGCUAAUAGAACACUAUAUUUGUUUUGUACACACAGACUACAUUGAUAGUGUGUGAUCAAUAGCUAUACAAUGUAGCUUGGGUACAAGUUUAUGUUCAAGCAGUAUAGUUUAUAAAUUAAUUACUGCAGGUGUUUUAUUUGGUUUAUCUAUGAUAGUUGAUAAACUAAUAAGUAGUGUAUUAUAUUCCCUGAGGAAAUUUUUACUCUUACCUUAAAAUUAUUUGUGAUAUUUAAACUACAAUGUGGAGCUAAAAGCAUAGUAUAUGACAUAUGGUUAAAUUAAUAACUUUUGUUGUUUCCAGAGCUAUUGUAAAGCAUUGAAGAGUACAAGUUGAUGUUGCAGUUGGAGUAUGCUAUUAAUAUGCUUGGGAUUGUUCUUAGGUAAAAGAAAAAAGUUAUACAUUCCAAAAAAUAGUAUUUUCUAUCUACCUUUUUCAUUAGCUGUGUAAAUGACAAAGCUGUUAUUUUAUAAAAAAUUUAUUUGCAGUUUGCUGAAGAGGUUUGAUGGAAUUUUUAACACUAACAUUCCCAAAGAGAAAUUAAUUGUAGCCCAUCACAUGAAUGAGUACACUUUUGACAGAUUCAUGCCAGUUUUGAAGGUACUAUUCCAUUAAUUUAGUAAAUUACUUUGUUUGCCCAAGAAUUAGGCUAGCCAACCACAUUUACCAGUAUUGUUCUCAAAAAUGUUGAAAGAACAUUUAGCUUUCAAGCUACAAACGUUGAUAGUAACCUGUCAGAUAACUGUACUUAUUCAUGGGAUGCAGUAUAGCAUUCUGAGCAAUAACAGUUCUGCCUGAUAGUAUAGGGCAGAUUGUGCAAUAAUUGAGGUGCUGUAACAUGAAGUGACUUGCCAUUUAUUCCCAGAGUAAAAAUGUAUUGAUAAUGUGGAAUUGUUCAUAGGUAUUGAUACUUUAAAAAUAUGUGAAACAAAAUAUUUCAUCUUCAUUAUUAUAAUUUGUGUUUAUCAUAUUAACAGUAGUUGUCUUAAAUUAAUCUACCAUUCUUUAAUUUAUCACAUUUCUGUGAGAUUAGAAUGGAAACUGUUCCAUGGUAUACUGUUGUAAUAUACUGUGGCAUUCAUUUCAAGUAAUUCCAAAAUCUAUCUCUAUCAGUCACUCUAAAAUGUUAAUUGAAAUAUUUAGUUCCAUGUGCAAGUUAGACUUGGAAAAGAAUAAGGGAAUGCAAUACAUUUUAUUUGCGCUCAUUGUAAAAUAGGUUCGCUCUGAACAUUUAUAUUUACACUGUUUUGAAAUAAUAAAUUGGAAUGUAUGUGUAUAAAAUUAUUACUAUUUAUGUUAGUAGGGUAGAUGAAAAUAUUAUGUUAACAAGUUGUUUGCUUCACUUUAAUUGGUGCUAGCGUAUGAAAAGGGACCAGUGGCAGAUGAAGGAAAUUAUUUGGGGAGGAGAUUUGAAAAAAAUAAUAAAAUACAAAUUUUUGGAUUCAAAAAACUUGGAAAGGGGUAUAGACAUAUAAAUUAUCAUUCUCAAUAUGCAUUAUUGCCUUUGUAGUUUGUGAUUCCAGGUGUUGUAACAGCUCAUUUUGUAUCACCCAAAAUUACAUGUUGCCUUUGCCAAAAUCUCUGAUAUUUUUUUCAUAACUUCAAAUGGGUUUAUAUAUCUCUCCCCCUCUCCUCUCCUCACCCCAUUUACCCCUUCUCUUGUGUCUGCCACUGAAAUGAACCUUUCAAUUGCCAUCUUGGUUCUUCUAACAACCAAAAAUCACAACAUAUCAGUAAAGUCAAGCUACUUACUGCUUUCUAUGUGCAGUCUAGUAUUACUAGAUGAUGGAUGGGCAAGAAGUUUACCUCGUUUGUUUUCGCACUUUAAAGUAUGUUGCAUUAUCAUAUCGUCAAGAUUUUUGCCAUUAUAGACCUUCCAUUAGCCAUUACAGGUUCCCUAUGUUUUUGGUGGAAUACCUACAAUUGUUUUUAAAAUGUUUUCUAAAAUUUACAUUUUGUUAACUUAAGUGCUAUGUUGUGUGUUGACACUAUGUGAAAAUGUAAAUGAUGUAACUUGCCAAUGAAAUGGCAGUUAGAAAAUAUUUUUAUUUGCCGAAAAUAUUUUUUUUUAAUUAGUGUAUUGUUUGCUAAUUUUUUUUAAAAAUGUCAGGAUCAGCCAUUUGUAUUGUAUGUACAUAUUUCUUCCUGCAUCACUACUUUUGUGUGUGUGUUUUUUGAAGAAAGUAAAUAUUUUAUUAAUUUUGACUAGUUAUCUGUGCAUAAUUGCAUAAUUAUUAUGCAUUUGUUUGUUUUAACCUCAGGGAAUCUUUUUCUUUAGCAUUAUCACAUAGAAUCUCAUUAAAAUAGCCAUAUGCAGCCUUUUUUGGUAUAUUUCGAAGAAUGACUGCAUAUUGUAGUUGUUACUAUAGUUCAACUGCCAGAAAAUUUUUACAUAUUGUUUAUUUUUUAUUUUAUGGUCCAUAGUCAUCUCAAAAGUUAUCUUUUGUAUGAGAAUGAUAACUGCUGUAAUUAUGCACAAAUGAUUUCUAAACUUAUACAUAAAAUAUAGAUAGGGAAAAUUUCAGUAAAGUUUGUCAAUGAACAAAAUCUGAUAAAGGCUAAAAAUGUGGAAGGGUUUUUUAAUAUUUUUUUUGGAAAACAAACAUAUUUUUAACUCUUUUAAUUUAACAAAUAUCUCAUCCAUUUCAGCUAUUAUACUUUGUGAGAGUGGUACCAAAAUAUUGUUUCCAAAUCAGUAGAUAUACCUAACCAUUACUGCAAUAAAUGGAAAAUAAAAGGAUUAAAGAGUAAAAAAAAAUGCAUAAUGCUCUUCAUAUAUACACUAUUAAAUCAGUUAAUUAUAGUAAUUGAUUGUAAGCCUUCUAAAUAUUAUCGAAAAAUUUUGUUAAGACAAACCAUUUCUGCAAGGGGUGGAAAAAUGAGGUUUUGUAUGUCCUAGAUACACUAUCAAAACCAUUAACAUUAAUUGUAAACCUUCUGAAUAUGAUCUUAAACUUUUGUUUAAACAAUCUUUUUAUACAAUCAUUCAUUACUGCAAUGAGUAAAAUAUAGUUGAGGGGGGGGGGGGGGUUAAUUCUUAUAUCACUAGUAUAAAAUUAAGUUUAAGGUAUUGUAAAAGUUUUUUUAGUGUCUGAUUUUUUUUAAAAACAUGUUUUGAUAAAAUGAACCAUUACUGAAUAGGUGGAGAUAGGGUUUGAAGGCAAAAUAUUUGUAGGCACAUUAUUAAAAAAACUAUAUGUUAAAAAAAAUAAUCAACUAAACAAAAUACUAUUACCAAAAUUUUGUUUGAAAACUUUCUUGAUAACUUCAACCCUUAAUGCAAGGGGCAAAUAUUUUUUGUUUGAAGCUUAGCUUAUGGGGCAAAAUGGGUAUGUUAACUUUAUAGGAGUUUUCAGUACAGAACCUAUCUUCCUGCACCAGGCCAGUUUUAAACUCAUUGUCAUGUCAUUAGGUACUAUUAUUGCGCAUGAACUAAAAAUAUUACAAAAAUGCUGGAUGCAUUGAAUAGAAAACAUUCCAAAUAUGUAAUAAACUAAAUAGGAACUUCAAAUUCUACCUGUGCCUGUAGGCUGUGCUGAAAGGGGUUUUUGAAAUCAAAGGAAAAAUAUUUCUUAACCAUUUUCAAUUUUCCAUGGUUUCAUUUUGUAUUUUUAGAAAUAGUGUGUUAAAAAUUACUAUUGUCAAAAUGGAGGUUUUUUUUCUUGUCAUUUAAAGAGGUUAUUGUUCAGUCCUUUACAGAAAGUAGGAAAAAAAAUAGCUUACGGAGAAUAUUUUAAAUUGCAUUUUUUUAAAAUCUAAACUAUUAAAUUUUACAGAUUGUAUAAUUUUUAUUCAAAAAAUCAUUACAUGUAUUUUUUGUUAACUCUAUCACCACCUUAGUAGAAGUUUAACUUGAUUGUGUAAUUUUAGCAAUGAUCCCAACAAUCCAGAAAAAAUAUUUAAUGCUUUGUUAUCUUUGUCAAUAAAACUUUAAUGAUAUAAUUUAUUUUCAGUUUAAUAAACAAUUAUUCUUGAAUCAGUGUGAAUAUUUUUAAGUGUAGUUCUUUAUAGUUUAUAAAUGUUAAGAUAGCAUUUGAAAUUGUAUCUGUAUACAUCACGUUCAACUAGUGCAAGUAAUGAUGUUAAGGAUUGUUGUGUGUUGUAAGAUUUUUUGUUAAGUGUUUUGAAAGUGAGUUUUUUUUACUUAUAAAUGUGAUUUCAAUGUUGCAAA